UUUCAAAGAAACUUCUAAAUUAAUAUUAUUACAUCCACAUAUCAAUAGCUGGAAGUAUCUGUUAGCCAAGCUCCUGAAAACAAUAAUAAAUAUUAAUAAUAAAACACGUUUAUUAAAAUGUGUCUUUGGAUUCGUGUAAAUUGCGCUAUUAUUCUGAAGUAAUGACCGGAAAGUGGUUGACAUUACUGUUAGCUUCACACAAGCGGAAGAAACACAGUGGCACAAUAAGUGUGUGUCGAUUAUCGAUUAAAAGUUUAUCGGUAAACAUCUCUCAGUCUCUCGGUGUCUGUCAGCGCGUGAAUUUACGAUAACAUCCGGGGACUUUGUAACAUCCGGUCCAGAGAUCAAACAUCUACCGCUGUUAGCUUUAGCUGCUGUUAGCCUAGCCUUGUAGAGUUAGCUCGUUUAGAACCGGACCGGACCAUGGGAGCCCACCGCAGUGAGGGAGGCCGGGACUGGCUGGUGCAGGACGGACCUGAGCAGACCGACCAGAGCCCGAAGCCGUGGAACUUGAUGAUCAAACACAGACAGAUACACAGACGAGGACGACGCUCACACAUGGCAGUCAGCUACACUGAUCCUCAGGUGUCCAUGGACCUGUUGAGGGCUGUGCUUCAGCCAAGCUUCAACGAGGACAUCAUGGCUGUGUUCAGGAAGUACCAGAAGUUCUUUGAGAAAGCGGCGGAGAAUGUGAAGGAGAACGUUGGUGACGAUGUUCAGACCGACCAGCUGAUCAGAGAGGCCUGCAGGAACGUUCUGGAACAUGCCAAACAGCUGUUUCCAGAGGCGGAGGUGAAUCGGGGGCGGUCAGAGGCCGCCAUCAAGAGGUCCAGACCUGCUGCUGAUGAAGACUACAGUCAGAGAGGAAGCCCCGUCCCCAAGAAGAGAAGAGCUCGUCCAGGUGCGGUGGCGGCCUCCGAUCGACCUCACACCUUCUCCACUCAAGUGAAGCUCAAGUCUGAUCCAAUCAAGAGAGAAGGACCGAAGUGGGAUCCAUCCAGACUGAAUGAAAGCAGCACGUUUGUUCUCGGCUCCAGAGCCAACAAGGCGCUGGGGAUGGGCGGAACCAGAGGCCGGAUCUACAUCAAACACUCUGAUCUGUUUAAGUAUGCAGCAGAUGCGAAGGAUAAGCAGUGGCUGGCAGAGAGACAUCACAUGAGAGCGACAGGAGGGAAGAUGGCCUACCUGCUGAUUGAGGAGGACAUCCAGGAUCUGUCUUGCAGUGAUGAGUACAAGGACUGUCCAGACGUCAAGAUGGACGAGUUGAAGCCGUUCUCAGUUCCUCUGUGGAUGGUGGAGAAGAUGCAAAGAGCCAUGGAGGGUCAGAGAGACGCUGACCCCUGACCCCCCCACACGACCCUCCACACACACACACAGUGAUCAAAAGUUGUUAUUGUUAAUGCUGUUUUUUUUUUUUAAUUA